AUGGCUGACCACCGUCCGAUCAUAGUCCGUCUCCAAGGCCACAUAGCCGUCAUAACACUCAAUCGGCCUGAUCAGCUUAAUGCACUGGGCCAGGAUCAUUAUUAUCAACUCGGUGAAACUCUCCGCCAGUUGGAGAAAAACCCCGACAUUAAUAUAACAAUUCUCACUGGUACAGGGCGAUACUUUUCAGCGGGUACCGAUGUCAGAUCUGCCUUCGGAAACAAGCUCCAUGGAACGGACAUCCGGCGCAACAUGAGUGGCACUUUAUUCAACAACCUGGACCUCACUCAUACCUUCACCAGUUUUUCAAAGAUACUGAUUGUGGCACUGAAUGGCCCUGUUGUGGGGCUUCCGGCGGCGCUCGUCGCACAAGCAGACUUCAUCUAUGCCGCACCGCACACCUUCCUCCUCACGCCAUUUUCUUCGCUCGGCCUUGCAGCGGAAGGUGCAGCGUCUCGGUCCUUUGUGCGGCGCCUCGGCAUAUCCAAAGCAAGCGAGGCUUUGAUUAUGAGCAAAAGAAUUCCCUGCGACGAACUUGCUGCCUGCGGAUUCGUCAACGGAGUGGUCUCUUCCCCUUCGGGGAAGCCAGAAGACUCGGUCGGGUUUCUGGAGCAGGUCCUUGCUGAAGUGCACCGACGAUUUGACUCACACACCGCACACUCCUGCCUAGGGCGCAUUAAAGGGUUGAUACGUGGAACAGAGAAGAUGAUAGAUGAACAACAUAACUACCUCGAGGUUCUUGAGGGGCUGGAAAUGAUCGCAACUGGCGUGCCAGGGCAGCAGAUUCAGGCAAUGGUGAAGGGCCAGAAGAAGCAUAAGUUGUGA